GAUCGACGUGCAAGUCCGUCUGCUCGCCGCACACAACAUGGCCAUUCCGGUCGCCCCAAGCACCGAAGCAUCCCCUGUUUCCCGGAGCGGAUUCUCUCAUGGCACGCGCGGGUUCGUGUCUGCCUGCGCACUCGGGCCCGCAGGGCGCCGCGGCGUCUGGGUUGAGCGCAGGCGGGGAGCCGUCAGGAGAGUCGUGUACGGGUUUUCGUCCGUCAUCGCUGCGGGCGAGGACGAUAGCGACGACGAGUCCGAUGGCAAUAGCGUCCACUCGGACGGGGUUGAGUUCGAAGGGCCGAGGCCCCCUCACAAGAAAGAUAUAGGCGGGAAGAAGAGGAAGGGAACGAAAGGCAAGAAGAAGGCGAAGGAGGGGUUCCAGCCCGGGACGCCCAUCUCGGUACACAACUCAGAGCUGGAUACUGAGUCCGGGCAUGGCUGGCUCACGCAGGCACCGCGCGCGAUUGACGGGAAGGAGGUAUACGACGUGAACUCUUACGAUCUCCGAGACGACAUCACCCAUAUCGCGUUCUCAGAGACGACGGGGCUCAUUGCGCUCGGGACACGCAAAGGCGACAUCCGCAUGCUCGGCCGAGCGAAGUAACGCCCAUUCACCCUCUCGGCCUAUCGUCCGAACGGAGUGGAGGGUUGGUUUGGGCGCCAAAGCUGAUCGUCCGAAGACGUCGAUCUCGACAUUGUCGAGUGGAGUGUUCGCCGAAGAGGAGUUCAGCACAAUUUGCAGCGACUUCGACGAAUUUGCACGCCGAGCGGACACAUCGCGCUGCUGAAUGGUGUGCGCACGCAGGGUCGGGCCAUGUUGGACCGUCUAUCGGCAAUGUCUGGCAGCGGGGCCAGAGUCUGACAGCGUCUUGGGAAUUGUAUGCGGAGAUUUGGAGAGGUGCAGAUGUUAGCGCGCAUGACCCUAGGGCCUAAAGAUAGCCGGCGUUCGACUGGGGAAGGUUUAUGUUGUACUCACCUGAAAGGGGAAUAAAAGCUCGGCUGUCGGAUCCAGCAUCCACUCACGCCCACAUACGCCAAGCACGCUCACGAAUUCCAAACAAUGGUUGAUGGUCUCUGCGAAAACUGUUUCAAGGGAGUCCGCCAUGAGAGUACUCCGGAAGGCAACCUAGGCAAGAUCGAUACGAUCGCGGGAGUAGAGUGCUACAUCGCAACGCCCACGGGCGACUAUCCUAAAGACAAAGUCGUCCUCUUUCUUUCCGAUGUUUUCGGUAUUCCUCUUAUCAAUAACAAGCUGCUUGUCGACGACUUCGCGCGGAAUGGGUAUGGCACGAUCAUGCCUGAUCUAUUCCAGGGCGACCCGUACCCUGUAGACGCAUUGACCCGUACUGACUUCGACCGUGAGGCAUGGAGGGCUCGGCACAAACCCGAAACCUGGGAACGCUUCGUCGAUACCGUCGUCCAAGCGCUACAGGCGGAGGGUGUCACUUGGAUUGCGACGACGGGCUACUGCUUUGGAGCUCCGCCCGUCUGGCGACUCGCGCUCAAGGGCUGGAGCAAAGUCUCUGUGAUCACACACCCGUCGCGCUUCCGGAUACCUGAGGACCUUCAGGAAUACUUUGACCAAUCGAAGGCGCCGCUGCUGAUAAACAGCUGUGAAGACGACGCAGCGUUCCCGCAGGAGGCACAGAGGGUCGCCGACGCGGUUUUCAGUGGGAGUUUCUCUCCGAGCUACAAACGUACGUAUUGGGAGGGUUGCUCGCACGGCUUUGCUGUCCGCGGAGACAUGAGCAACCCGAAGGUCAAGGCUGGCAAGGAGGGAGCGUUCGAGGCGACCGUGAAAUUCUUCAACAAGUACAGGGAUUUGUGAGAUGUACCGGGGAUCUAUAGCACGUGCCGUAUACCUAGGUGUAAGAUCAAGAGCAUUGUUCAUUGUGGCCUCCGCAUAUGUGUUCCGUCUACUCCCUGGGAAGCUUCUGGUUCUGCU